UUUCUUAUAGAAUUUCAAUCAUUAAGAAACGUACAAAAAGAGUAGAAAUUCAUUCGCAGUACAUAUAUAAAACCAUGGAGUACUAUUACAAUUCACUUAACAAAAUGAUUACGAUUAUUGUUGUUCUCGUGCUAGCGAUGGAUGUGACUAUGGUAUUAGGACAAGGGACUCGUGUUGGAUUUUACUCCCGCACGUGCCCAAGAGCCGAAUCCAUAGUUCAAUCGACAGUGAGGUCUCAUUUUCAGUCUGAUCCAACGGUGGCGCCGGGGUUGCUGAGAAUGCACUUCCAUGAUUGUUUCGUACAAGGUUGUGAUGGUUCCAUCCUCAUUGAUGGUGCUGGCACAGAGAAAACCGCUCCCCCGAAUACAUUGUUGAGAGGAUACGAGGUUAUUGAUGAUGCUAAGAAGCAAAUUGAAGCUAUUUGUCCUGGAGUUGUUUCAUGUGCUGACAUUCUUGCACUUGCUGCCCGUGAUUCCGUUCGUGUGACUAGGGGACUGACUUGGUCUGUGCCCACGGGACGUAGAGAUGGACUAGUUUCAAGAGCAGCAGACGCUGCUAAUCUGCCAGGUUUCACUGAGUCUGUCGAUUCUCAAAAGAAAAAGUUUGAUGCAAAGGGUCUCAACACUCAAGAUCUUGUCACCCUUGUUGGUGGGCACACAAUUGGAACCUCAGCUUGCCAAUUCUUCAGCUACAGGCUAUACAAUUUCAACUCCACUGGUGGCCCUGACCCUUCAAUAGAUGCAUCUUUUCUUCCUCAGCUUCGAGCAUUAUGUCCACAAAACGGAGAUGGCUCGAAGCGUGUGGCACUAGACACUGGAAGCGUAAACAAUUUCGACAACUCGUAUUUCUCCAACCUGAGGAGUGGUCGUGGAAUUCUGGAAUCGGACCAGAAACUAUGGACCGAUGCUUCCACCAAGGUCUUUGUCCAAAGGUAUUUAGGUAUUAGGGGAUUGCUUGGAUUGACAUUUGGCGUGGAAUUCGGCAGGUCCAUGGUUAAAAUGAGCAAUAUUGAAGUUAAGACAGGGACUAAUGGUGAAAUUCGUAAAGUUUGCUCUGCAAUCAAUUAAUUCAUUCAACUAAUGCAUAUAUGUUGUCCCCUUUUAUGUGCUUAAUAGUACUCUUUAUAGUUUCUUUCAGUCAGCGCAAGCUGCAAAAUCGAAUUGUUAGUGGUGUGCAAUAUCAAGAAAUAAAAGCAUUUACCGAGUGAGCUUGCUGUUGCUCAUUGGUUCCCCAUUCCCUGUUUCUGUAUAAAAACUUUUGGAUUGUCGAUGUAUGGAACUUAAAUUAUUUUUUUACUA